AUGGCUAGCGACGAAGACUACAUGUCGUUCCUGAACAAGGCCAACCAGGACACCUCUGGCAGCGGCAAUCAAGCCUCGACCCAGAGCAAGACACAGUUCAAGACCACCGACUCGAAGCUCCAGAUUCCAAAGGAGAUCAAAGAUGCCGUGAAGGAUGAAUUCUACGUCAGCGACGCUGAUGAGCCAUUCCACCCUGUGGCCCUCUCAUGGUCUGGAGAAGGUGGACUCCCAGAUGAAGUUGAGUUUGCCAAGCUGAUCGACCACUGGGAUGCCGAGAAGGCAGACAUUGAGAUCAUGGAUCCUGCAGACUGGGACAGACAGGGGCAGUACUCCAAGCUGGUGGAUGCUGUCACGCAGGCCACAAAGGGCAACGACGUGAGGGUGUAUGCUGUCAGGAGGGAUCACUCGAGAACUGAGUACUGGAUCAUCUCGGGGACAGAUGGCGGGAUUCCAGACAUCCUCCCCUCGUUGGAGUCCGUCGGAGAAAUCAUUUCCAAGGCCAGCAAGACCUCGAGCGCCCGCAAGCCCACCCUCGUCCCCGUCUACCGCCAGAUCUCCUCUGAUCUGAUCACACCCUCCGCCGCCUACCUCAAGGUCUCCACGCGCGCCGCCUCCGACGACCACCAGUACUCGUUCCUCUUCGAGUCGGCAGCUACCGAGCAGCUCGGCCGGUACAGCUUUGUGGGCGCAGGCCCACGAAAAGUCCUCACCACAGGACCGGGCUACGGCGAGGAGACCGACCCCUUGGUAGGCUUGGAGAAGGAGUUGGACCAGCAUGUGGUCGCCUCGGUGCCCGAGCUGAGACUGCCUCCCCUCGCAGGUGGCGCGAUUGGCUACGUGGGAUACGACUGCGUACGGUACUUUGAGCCCAAGACUGCGCGACCGUUGGAGGACAGACUGCAUGUGCCCGAGUCUCUGUUCAUGCUGUACGACACCAUUGUGGCCUUUGACCGGUUCUAUGGCGUCAUCAAGGUGAUCAGCUACGUUCACGUUCCUCAGGACGGCCAGGCUUCGAGCCUCGAGGCGUCGUACAACAAGGCAAAGGAGACGAUCAACGACCUUGUCACACUCCUCGACUCGCCGAACGUACCUCUGCCAGAGCAAGGGCCGAUUGAGCUGGGUCAGGAGUAUACCUCCAACAUUGGGCAAAAGGGGUACGAAGCGCAUGUGACAAAGUUGAAGGAGCACAUUGUCAAGGGCGACAUCAUCCAGGCCGUUCCCUCGCAGCGCUUCGCCCGACCGACCGCGCUGCACCCCUUCAACAUCUACCGUCACCUACGAACCGUCAACCCCUCGCCGUACCUGUUCUACGUUGACUGCAAAGAUUUCCAGAUUGUCGGUGCAUCGCCCGAGCUGCUGGUCAAGAGCGAAGAGGGCCGGAUCAUCACACACCCCAUUGCCGGCACUGUCAAGCGAGGACCUAACCCUGAGGAGGACCAGCGGCUGGCGGACCAGCUACGGAGCUCACUCAAGGAUCGUGCGGAGCAUGUCAUGCUGGUCGAUCUGGCGCGAAACGAUGUGAACCGCGUCGCCGACCCCUUGACCGUUCGCGUGGAUCGGCUCAUGGUGGUGGAGAAAUUCAGCCACGUCCAGCAUCUUGUCUCACAGGUCUCUGGUGUGCUCCGAGCAGGCCAGACGCGGUUCGACGCGUUCCGGUCCAUCUUCCCCGCGGGCACGGUGUCGGGUGCGCCCAAAGUCAAGGCGAUGGAGCUGAUCGCCGAGUUGGAGGGCGAGAGGCGAGGUGUGUACGCGGGCGCCGUCGGCUACUUUGGAUACGGCGGUGUCGACGAGGAGGGCAACGCUGUCGAGGGCGCCAUGGACACGUGCAUCGCGUUGCGGACGAUGCUCGUCAAGGCUGGCACGGCGUACCUGCAAGCAGGCGGCGGCAUUGUGUUUGACUCGGACGAGUACGACGAAUGGAUGGAGACGAUCAACAAACUCGGCGCCAACAUGCAGUGCAUCACUUCGGCAGAGCAGAUAUACCAUCAACUACAACAGCACAAGACGUCUUCAUCAUGA